AUGACAGCGCAGUCCAAGGAGGUGGCACCCACGGUGCCCGAAGGCUGGAAGGCGGUGUUUGACGAGGAGUACAAGACGUGGUUCUAUGUCGAUCUGAAAAGCAGGAAGUCGCAGUGGGAGGCGCCUGCGGGCACGUCGUGGCCAGCGAAGGGUGCGCCGGACGCGCCACCGGCGUACGACACGGCCGUCGCACGCGCCGCCGCGCACGGCGCGCAGGCCGUUGCGCCCCAGCCCGACUACGGCACACAGGCCGGAUACGCGCCCCAGGGGUACGGCGCGCGGGCCGGGUACACGCCCCAGCCCGGCUACGGCGCACAGCCCGGCUACGGCACACAGCCCGGCUACGGUGCACAGCCCGGCUACGGCGCACAGCCCGGCUACGGCGCACAGCCCGGCUAUGCGCCGCAACCCGGUUACGGAUACGCGCCGCAGCCGGGCUAUGGUGCCGCGCCCGGGCCGUACGCGCAGCAGCCCGCGCACGGUUACCCGGCCGGCGCAGCCGCCGCGCCGCAGAACGGCGGCCGCAACAACAUGAUGAUGGGCGGCCUGAUGGGUGCCGGCGUGGGGUUGAUGGCCGGGUCACUAAUGACCACAGCCAUGUAUAACCACGACGAGGACGUGGCCGAUGCUGCCUACGACCGCGGCUAUGAAGACGGCUUCAUCGACGGCGACUUCUAG